AUGCACAGGGGCGGUCCCAAAGGGGCGUCCACCCCCACGAUUUUGGAGGAGCUUCAGCAGGACAUGGUGGCCAAUCCGCUCCUCAUCGACACUGUGGAGUAUCUCCGGGCCGCCUUUCCGGCACCCAUCGCCUCCAACGAACCCUCGCCCGAAGCCCUCGCCGCGAUUCCUACCAUGACCCGGGCACGCCGCGCCUCGAGCAUUGGGUCGGCCGAGGGCAUCUACGGCCCCUUCGGCGCCUCCGGCCUUAUCGAACUCCCAGGCAUUCCUGCCCUGAGCAUGAGGGACCGGUCCAACUCGAGCCUGAUGAGCAACACGGACCUGCGGCGAACCAUGUCGUGGGACAUGAACGAGGACCUGGCCAUGAACCACCAACAGAUCCACCUGUCGCUAGAGCUCACCCAGCUCUCCUUCGAGAUGAGCAGGAACUACUUCCUAGACUACAUCCUGCGCGACCAAACUGGCCGCAAGGUGUUCAUGCAGUUCCUCCAGACCCAGCACUGCGCCGAGAACCUCAUGUAUGACGUGGAAAAGUAUGCGGGACUCACAGAUGAUCAGCAAGAGCUGCGCGUGAAGAAGGCGCAGUACAUCAUGGCCAAGUAUGUGUCCGCAGACUCGGAAACGGAGGUCAACCUGCCCUACUCCAUCAAGCAGGAUCUCCAGAAGAACCUCGCCCGCCCCACCAAGGACCUCUUCGCCGCGGCCCAGCGUAGCAUCUUCCUGCUCAUGGUCUACGGCACCCUCGACUACUUCCUGAAGAGCGAGCGAUACCGCCUCUACAAAGCGACCAGAGAACAGAAUCCGGGGUCGUUCGACGAGGACAGCAUCACGGACGAGCAGCUGGAGCGGGCCUUGAAGGAGGCCAAGCUGCGCAAGGAGAACGGCGAGUCGCCGAGCGCUGACCCGAGGCUGGCCUCCAGUGGCGGCGCGGGAGGGAGCAAGGGGCGGCUGGGCCGUCGGUCCCUCAGCUUGCGGAGCAUGAAGAAGACCCCGGCCCACGACAAGAAGAACUGCCUCGUCAGCUAA